AUAUGCCUGACUUUCAGCCCCUCUGUUUACGCCCCUCUGCGUAUUUCUCCUCCCCUCACUUCCAAACGAGAAUUGGGGGCAUUGUUGUUAGGUAACACUAGGAUGAGGUGGCCUCGUAUUUAAUCUAGGACCAAUUCCUCUCUCUUGUUGGACUUACUCGUAUAGCUACCCAGGAUAUGGCUAAGUCGAUAUAAGGGGCGGGGGAGCUCAUGCGUUAUCAACAACGAACCUCCCCUUCCUACCACUUAGCUUAACUCGGCUAUAUACGUGAGGCAAGUAGCGUUGCGUCCUACUCUCUUUUCCUAGAGAUAGUUUAGAUAUCCGUCUCUCUUCCACCACCCCUCUAGACGACCGCGAACGCAUGUCUCUCCGGGGACCUGCCCUCCGUCGCUCGCCAUGAGGUCUUCCUUCCUGUUAGCCACCGUCACGCACGCCCUCCUCGGCUUCGCCCUCGCUGUUCCAGGGUUCGCCGAUACCACCAUCUGGAACAGCUUGGACAAAAGGGCCGACCCUGCCCAGGACAUAGUCACAUGGGACGAGCACUCACUCUUCGUCCGCGGUGAGCGGGUUAUGAUCUUUAGCGGUGAGGUCCACCCCUUCCGUCUACCCGUUCCGUCCCUAUGGGUCGACGUCCUCGAGAAGGUCAAAGCUCUUGGCUUCAACUGCGUCUCCUUCUACGUCGACUGGGCCCUCCUUGAGGCUACCCCGGGGGAAUUCUCUGCCGACGGCGUCUUCGACCUCCGGCUCUUCUUUGACGCCGCUACCCAGGCCGGCAUCUAUCUCAUCGCCAGGCCAGGCCCCUACAUCAACGCCGAAGUUAGCGGCGGCGGCUUUCCGGGAUGGCUGCAACGCGUCCGUGGCGGCCUGAGGACGAGAGCGCCCGACUUCCUCAAUGCCACCGAUAAUUACAUGGCCAAUAUUGGCAAGCUCAUCGCCGACGCACAGAUAACUAACGGUGGCCCCGUCAUCCUCUUCCAGCCCGAGAAUGAGUAUACCUGGGCUGAGGAGUAUACGCCCUUCCCUGACGGGUCCUACAUGGAGUACGUGCUCCAGCAGGCUCGUGACGCCGGAAUCGUCGUACCCUUCAUCAGCAACGACGCUAGCGCCCUCGGCCACAAUGCCCCCGGCACCGGUCUUGGCGAGGUCGACAUCUACGGUCACGACGGUUACCCUUUGGGCUUUGACUGCGCGAACCCCACGACCUGGCCUGAUGGGAACCUCCCUUCCACCUACCGGAGCAAUCACUAUAGGCAUAGCCCCACGACCCCAUUUUCUCUGCUCGAGUUCCAGGGCGGCUCCUUCGAUCCCUGGGGCGGCUGGGGCUUUGAGCAGUGUGGCAGGUUACUCAACCACGAGUUCGAGCGCGUCUUCUACAAGAACAACUACGCGGCGGGUGUUAAAAUUUACAACAUCUAUAUGAUCUUUGGCGGUACGAAUUGGGGCAACUUGGGACACCCAGGCGGCUAUACUUCGUACGACUACGGCGCCGCCAUUGGGGAGGACCGUACCGUCGCCCGCGAAAAGUACUCCGAGCUGAAGCUGCAGGCGACCUUCCUCACCUCGAGCCCAGGCUACCUGACAGCUGUGCCAGGCGAGAGCGUCAGGGGUGGCGCGUACGCCGACAACACCGACAUUACCGUCACGCCGGUGCUCGCUGACCAGGCGACCCCCGACGCUGGCUCCUUCUUCGUCAUCCGACACACGGCGUACGGGAGCCUUGAUUCAACGCCGUACAGACUGACGCUGCCGACAUCGCGCGGCUCCAUCUCCAUUCCGCAGCUAGCAAACGGGACCCUAACGCUCAACGGCCGUGACUCUAAGGUGUUCGUCACGGACUACGCUGUACCCGGCGGCACGACGCUGCUCUACUCCACGGCUGAGGUCUUUACGCACAUAGCAGUUGACAACCGCGCCGUGCUCGUCCUGUACGGAGGCCCGGGCGAGUACAACGAAUUCUCCGUCCAGGGGUCGCCCGCCCAGCUUAGGAAGCUCGAGGGCGACGACUCGGCUUUUACCCUCACCCAGAGCAACUCUACCGACGGCUUCGUAGUCGUCGGAUGGAGGGCAGUCUCCGAGGUAAUAAUCCUACAGGUCGACAACACGCAAAUAUAUCUUCUUGACCGUAACACGGCAUACACGUUCUGGCGCACAGAAAUCGCCAACUCGACGUCCCAGCUCAUCGUCAGCGGUCCGUACCUUGUGCGAAGCGCCGCUAUCGAGGGCGAUGAGCUGCACUUGCGCGCAGACUUCAACGAGUCCUCGACGACGGUCUCUGUCAUCGGCGCACCCUCCCAAGUCACCUCGCUCACCGUCAACGGCCUCCCUGCCCCGCUCUUAGAACCCCGCACAGUCAGCGGCGCCCUCGUCGCCAACAUCACCGUCUCUAAGCCAGUCAUCUCGUUGCCAACGCUCGCAGAUCUCGACUGGCGCACCUUCGACUCCCUCCCCGAGAAGCAACCGGACUUCGACGACGCCGCCUGGCUCGCUGCUGACCGCGAGUACACCGACAACACCUUCCGACCGUUGCUCGCCGUGCAGUCGACGUACGCGUCGGACUACGGCUUCCACAGCGGGGUGCUCGUAUACCGCGGGCACUUCAACGCGACGGGGUCUGAGACAACUUUCGCUCUGCUCACGCGCGGCGGCGACGCUUCGGCCGCGUCCGUCUUCCUCGACGACACGCUGCUCGGCGCCUUCAGCGGGAGUCCCGCUACCGACGAGCACAGAGGGCGCUUUGACCUAACGCCCUUCUCCCUGCCGGCCGGCUCGGCGCACGUGUUCACCGUCGUCCUCGAGAACACGGGGCUCGACGAGACCGGCGUGGGCAGCGACUCCAUGAAGAGCCCGCGCGGCGUGCUCGGCUGGCGCCUCGAGACCGCCCGCGCCACCAGCACGCCCGUCCGCUGGCGCAUCGCCGGGAACCUCGGCGGCGAGCGCGACCGCCGUGACCGCGCCCGCGGCCCCCUCAACGAGGGCGGGCUCGCCGCCGAGCGCCGCGGGUACCACCUGCCGGGGGCGCCGACGGCGUCGUGGGCGCAGCGGUCGCCGCUCCAGGGGCUCGACGGGCCCGGCGUCGCGCUGUACGUGGCGACGUUCGAGCUCGACUUGCCGGCCGACCAGUGGGACGUGCCGCUCGCCUUCGCCUUCGCCAACAACACCGACGCCAGCGGCGCGUACCGCGCGCAGCUGUACGUCAACGGGUGGCAGUUCGGCAAGCUCGCGAGCAACCUCGGCCCGCAGACGACGUUCCCGGUGCCCGAGGGCAUCCUGGACUACGGCGGCGCCAACACGGUCGCUGUCAUCCUAUGGGCGCUCGAGGAGCGCGGCGCGAGGAUCGGCGACCUCGAGCUCGUCGCCGCAGAGCCGGUGUGGACAGGCAGGCGGAGGGUCGAGCUCGUGAGUAGCCCCGUAUGGGCGGAGCGCCAGGGCGCGAAUUAACACAGCCCGUGGGGAGGGUGGAGGAAGCUGGUACAAGUAAACCAAGUCAUGAGAAGGCAUGCAGCGAAUUAUGAUGGCAAAUAUCUCCCUGCCGGCUAACUAGGGAGUAGAUAGGGGAGCUAGCUAGCUAAGAGUAAUGCGAGAAUCACGGAAUUACAGCCCCUUUCUAUGUGCAGAUUAGUAAGCAGUUGUAAGUAU